AUGAGCGGUAACGAACCAGUUCGCCGAGGCGGGACACCUAUUUCUGCGAAUAAUCCCUUCCGCCAGUCUAUGCUUUUGCGCUCAGAGUCCCCUUUUGAGAGCGACGCAGUUUACUCGCAACCGCAAGCCGCUGGGUCUUCUACCUCAGUGAGCAGCUCCUCCAGGGGCCAAACUAGUGGGCGUUUGACGCCUCCCGGUGCGCCCCGCCGCGUUUCCAGCAACCCUUUUGAAGCUGAGCAGGACUCGGCUGCACCCUCGCGUGGUGUCGCGCCACCACCGCCGUCUGUUUCUCGUAACGAUUUGCCACCCCCCUAUGAUGAUCGUCGACGGGCAAAUUCGGAUUCCUCUGCCAUGGAUGAGAACGAAAAGGACCGACUCGCCCGUCGUUAUGAGCAAGAAUCUCGCCGCGACCCCAAUAAGCGUGGCGACUACCGCGACCGGGACCGUGAGCGCGAGCGGCGGUACCGUGAAGAGCGCAAUCGUCUUCGAGCUGAACGUGAUCGCCUGAGAGCUGAGCGGGACCACCUCCGAGCCGAGCGAAGCCGUCUCAAAGAUGGCAAGAGCACCGGUGGUAGUGGCUCCGGCAGCCGCUCUUCCAAUCACCACCACAGCAGCUCGAGCAGUGCACGACGAAACCGCACCCGCUCAAAGUCUGAAAGCCACAAAUCCAAAACCCAGGAUGGUCCGUCGCUGGAUGUUAUUGACAAGCUAGACGUCACAGGCUUGUUUGGCCCAGGGUCCUUCCACCACGAUGGGCCAUUUGACGCUUGCACCCCUCAUCGCAAUAGAGAUGCGGAACAGGGUCCUGUUGCCGCUUUCCCUGCUAAUGGCCCUAAUAACAGUCUAGCUGUGGAAGCACCUGAGGUUUCUCGUUAUAAACAGGAGCAAGUGGUGUUUGGACGUGACCCAGAUGUGGACCCAGUGUUCCCCGAGCCAACCGAAAGCUUCGAUCCUACCGCGCGUACAAAGCCCGUUCAUGGUACCACCACCCUCGGCCUGGGCUCGACCACGUUUGUCGAUGGCACACCGGCAUCUGCCAAGGCCAUCGAAGAUGCCGACCACGACGAGCAAAUUGCAUCAUCAAUGGGCCGUACACGAUCUCUUCUGCGUCGCCAGAAUCCCCGAAAGAAUUCUGGAUCAGAAGGAAGACAAGCUGAACUUUCUGCGCGCUCAUCCAACCCUGACCGUCCUACAAGCUACUUACAUGAUGACGAAAAGCCCUCGGGGUUACUGGGCCGAGUUAAAAGUCUACGGAUUUCUCGUCGUUGA